AUGCUUGGAGAAGGGCCUGAGGACGGCUCUCGCCCUUAUGUCCCACCACUGUGGGAAACGGAAAACCGUCCCGAUGAUGAUACCUCCGACCUCCCUCAGCAUGAAGAGGCCGGUCUCCCAUACUUACCCGUCUGGCUACGGGAGUCAUCCAAGUCCAUCCGCUGGGGUUGGGUGCCAUUACCGCUACGCAAAGCAGGCUGGGCGAUAGCCGACUGGGUCAAGGGCCCGAAACCUCCGCAAUCCUUACUAUUGAAGCCGUUGUUCCCUCGCUAUCAAGAAUUGCCUGUUCGGUUCCUCGAACGCUUCUUUCCCAAACGCAAGCACAAGAUCGCGCUGCUGGCACUGCUGUAUUUUGUCUGGUUUCUGCCCUGGACCAUUAUCUUGCUGCAUUCGCGACAGGGCGGGUACAUUGAGGGCUAUGGACGACCGAAGACACUCGCUUGCUCCACGAGUCUAUGGGAGCCUGGCAAUGACUGUGGCCUCAACGGAAACGACUGUCGCCCGUUCUCUGCGUCGACUAUGGCCUUCCGGUGUCCUGCAAACUGCCGCGACGCGAAGUUGCUCCAACCGCAUACGAUCGGCAACCAGACCUACAGCUACCAGGGCUUGGUAGUGGGAGGUCCUCAACCGGGAUCCGAUGAGCCUGCCGUGUAUCGAGCAGAUAGUUUUGUGUGCCAGGCGGCCAUCCAUGCAGGCGUGAUCACGAAUGCGGUUGGUGGCUGCGGUGUAUUGAAGCUGGAUGGCGCCUCCCAUUCCUUCCAUGCGUCAAAGCAACAUGGAAUUCGCUCGGUUGAAUUCCCAUCGACCUUCCCCAAAUCGUUCAGCUUUGUCGAGCUAUCCUCAUCACAGGCAACCUGCCCUCAAGAUCCUCGCUGGCCAUUGCUAGGCAUUACCAUUGGCACGCUAAGCCUUCUCUGGCUCUUCUGCGUCUCCCCACCUGUUCUGUUCUUCAGCACGUUCGUCAUGUUGUUUUGCCAGGUGGGACUGGUCUCUGAUCCGCCAUCGAUCUCUCAGUUCGCCGAUCUCUUCUCAACGAUGUUCUCGCGACUCUUGCCGGCGUCAUUUGUGGCUUUCGUCCUGUAUAAGUAUUGCGCACGGCCACUUCUGACCCCGCUUUCCGAGCCAAUGUACCAGCUGACUAAAAUGUUCCUCUACUUGCCGCCUGCCUUCAUUGGUGGUCUGAAUAAUUACACUUUCGCCAGACUGAUACCGCUAGAGCGUCUGACUCCUCAUGAUAUUCAAAAGCAGCCUGGAGCCAAGGUUGCACUGGCCCUGGUGAUCCCUACGGUGGUCUGCAUUAUCUUGAGCCAAGCCUGGCAAAUCCGUAUGGGAGGCUUAAUGCCUCGCUACCUCAAGAUCUAUUGCACUAUGGGUCUGAUCCUGCUAAUCUUACUCCCCCUGCCCGGUCUGCGCUUGAGGAUCCAUCACUACAUUCUUGCCAUCCUUCUCAUGCCGGGAACGGCCCUUCCUACGCGGCCCUCUCUGAUCUACCAGGGAUUGCUACUGGGUCUCUUCAUCAACGGCAUCGCUCGGUGGGGAUUCGCGUCGAUCAUUGAAACACCCGCCGCCUUGGGCGAGCAAGCCCCGGGCCCAGGAGGCUCGCACGGAUGGUGGGGCGGGACCUACCCCAAUGUCAGCGAUUCCUCAGUCUCCGUCUCCCUUCCUGGUCCGGGGUCUCCUGAGAUUCAUCACGGGAAUGGCAACAUCACGUUCAACCUCUGGGAACGACAACGUAUGGACAAGAUGGGCGUAGAUGGUAUCUCGGUAUUGGUGAACGACGUCGAGCGCUGGCGUGGAUAUUUGGACGAAGACAAGCAGGGCGAGUUUAUAUGGCAUCGUCAUGGCCAUAGAGGGCUGGAACUGCAACAUCGACCCACCAUCGAGAGUGACCAGCUGGACGUCACUGUGCAAGAAGAUGACUCUGAGCCGGAAGACCUUUUCUUCCGGUUUGCCUUCCUCAAGGGAGCGGAAGCAGGCAAAUACGGUGGUGCCGGAGUAUGGCUGCAGGACGGAAGGUGGAUAUCCCCACCAAUGCCGAAGUCGUAA